UUCUAGUUUGUCAGUCACCUCCUUCCCCGAGCUUUUUUCUCUUCCCUGCUCUGCUAACUCGCUUCCGUUUUUCCACGCUGUUCUUUGAAUCAAAUCGAUGCUCUCUAUCCUGUCUCCAACAUUAAUUAUAUCUCAGACAGAACCCACCAAACCCUACCAACCAAAUAAACAAAUUAUUUUUGUUUAAAUAGAUCAGUAGAAUUUGUUUUUGCAAAGAGUGUUAAAAUUUUUCCAUGCUUUUGCAGAUCAGAGAGAGAGAGAGAGAGAGAGAGAGAAGAAGAAGAGAGAAAGUGGAGGCGCUGUAGACUGGAAAUAGACAGUAUGGAGAUGGAGACUAUGAUGCUUUUCUCCAACACUUUGUAACUGGAAGCAUACACCUAUUAUGCAUCACAGAUAAUGGCUAGAAUGCAGUGGUUAUGGUUAUAUGUGCUUUGCCGUGCUGUUAUUGUUGUUUACUAUAGUUCCUCAUUUUGACUCAACUUGUAACGUGCAUCAGAUUAAUUUUGAUUUGUUGUCUUCAGGUACAUCAAUUUGUCACCUGGAGAUUAAAGCAAUUUCAGUAGACGGUUCAUGAUGGCAACCACCACCAACCUAUUUCAUUUGUUGGAGGGUGAUGAUGAGGACCCCAGGCAGCUGGCGGUGGCAGCAACCGCGAAGGUUCGGGCGGUUCAGACUCCUUCUCAGGCACGUGAUGUCAGGGAGGCAAAGAAGGAAACUGGUCAGCGAGGAGGACGUGGAGUUGGACACAGUUGUGGCCGUCGGAAGCCUAGGAAGACCUCAAAAGUUGCUCAGGUGACUACUAAUGUCAACUUGGCUGAGAAGAAUUUGGGUGAUGAUGAGCCUAAUGGUGUUGAUAAGCCUAGUGGGAAAAAAAUUGAGGUUUGCCAGCUUGAUGAAAUGGCUCAGGUGACUAUUGACGUCAAUUUGGCUGAGAAGAAUUUGGUCAAUGAUAAGGCUGAUAGUGCUGAUAAACCUGAACGGAAAGAAUCUUAUGAAGUUGUUAAAGUGAAUUUUGGUGAUGAUAAAUUUGAAGAGAAAGAAGAUGAGAUGCCCGAGCUUGAAGAUGUUGAUAAGGAUGAUGAUGAGCCUGGAGGAGACAAAGGUGUUGGAGAUGACACGAACGAGGAUAAGGAAAUGACAAAUGGUACACGGAGUCUGCCACAAUUGCUCGUUUUGAAGGAGACAUCAACUACUCGUUUAGAUAUCAAUCUCCUUAGAGCAAUGCUGCAGGAUCUUUCUCUUGUCAUCUCAGAUCCCCCUCCGGUUGUGGAUUCAGAUGCACUGAGAGAUGAUAAGCUCCAUGACCAAGCAAAUAGGAUGGCUGAAUUGGAUGAUAUAUACCUUGCCUUAGAGGAGCUAAUCAUACUUGAGGAAUAUUUGAAUAAGAAGAAAGAUCGGCUUGCAAAUUUGGUUAAACGAUGUACUACCGUGGAUGGUUUUAAAAAUUUGAAUAAAUUGUUAUCAGAAGCGGAACAAAAAGUAAAGGAUAUGAGAGAAGAGAUGGAUACAGCAUUGAGAAGGCUUCAGAAGUGUCUUUUAUUCGAAGAUUAUUAUCAUAAGCAGAACUCAGCAUCAUGAAUGACAAAGCAGAACUGUCAACAAAUAGUCUAGUCUUGUGGAUAUUUUCUUACAAUUUCUAAACAGUAGCUUUGUAAUCAUCCUAAAUGACUCAUAGAUUGACCAGUUUAAAGAUUGAUGAUCUGGUAGAGAACUUGUGUAUUCAAGUUGUAUAUAGAAGCCUGGAUUGCAUAUUUGAGUUAAAAGUGAUCUCUGAUUGAUGACCAUA